CGACCUACUGUGCGCGGCGGAACCAGGAUGCACUAGCUGGACCUACAAGUUCAAAACAAGACGCUGUUUUUUACUUGCUUCGGACGCUCACUCCACCAAGCGUGUGGCUGGUGAAUCGUCAGAGGAUCCAACAGGGCAAGAGGAGGUGGUAGUGUCAGCUCUUUUCGGUGCAAGGCAUUGCGUAGGCGCUUUUUCGAGCCAGCUCGGCAAACCUGUACAGACCAGUGACAGGUCUCCAGCAGCAGGCACACCAGGUGAAUCAAAAGAGGAGACAAGCCUCGCCGAAGCAGACCAAGCAGACUCAGGUGAAAGAAGCCAUCCAGUAACAGAACAGUUACCAGCUUGUGCCAAGAAUGGUUUCAUGUACGAGGGUCACGAUUUGGAUAUCGGCUCGGAAAACCCAUCGACACUACCGCGUGCACACGAUUGUUGGCGAAAGUGUUUUCGCACCCAGCUGUGCUUCUUCUGGACGUACGACAAAAAUGCAGCAAAAUGCUCUUUGAAAGAUGUUAACGCGGCUACUGCUAGUCGGUUCACUAGACGGAAAAGUCUUGUAUCUGGGCCACGCUUUUGCCCUAAUCUUGGCACCUCAAACCGUCCUCCGAUGAUCAACCGGCGCCUCACUCUCUCGGGUGGGGAUGAUGCGCCUAGCCUGCUGCCUUCACUCAAGUUCGCGAGCCCCUUCUUUUGGCCCGGCGGAGCGAUAGCCGAACUGUUAGGAACUUUCUCAAUGAAUGAAACAGGUGGUGGCAGAGCCAUUAAAGGAACCUUACCCUUGUCAAACCACCGAAAUGGACAGAGCAGUGCUAGAGGAAACCUUUUGAACGGGCUGCCAAGUGGACUAAUCGCCAACUCGACAGAGAAUCAAACAAAAGAAAGUGGCGUGAGCUCCUUGCUUUCUUCCUGGCUACCGUUUAGCGGAUUUCGAAUGGGAACAGGAGGAGGCUUUCUGGCACGAGACGAGAACACCCGCGAGAAAAAGAUGGCAGGAAAAAGUCCAAAAGCCAUUCGUGAGGACGUCUCCGACCAGGACAAUUCGGUGAAGCACACCACGGAACAGCGAGCUUCACGAAAAACCGCCCCUGAGCCCACUUCUUCCCUCCUCCCCUCUAGCGAGAAGCAGUUGUCAUCUGUUUCGGUAGACGCUGAAGAACAGAACAAACACAUCCUCCGGAUGGGGUCAGACGGAUUUGAGAAUGAUGCCGAUGCGAUCAACGAAAGCACGCGUACCAAAUAUGAAGAUCACAGCACCCGCGCUCAAGAAGGGACAAGAAUCGAGACACGCGUUUCACAAACGGAUGCCCAGCCGCCGAACACCGUCAAAGGAAACGUCCAUCCUCAUACGAAUGCCAACAUUACACAUGACGCCGAAGCAAACAUCGCCAUUACAAGGCACACCAGUGCUUCUGGACAACGUUUCCCAUGCGAGCGCGAAGGUGUGGCGCUGACAGGAGGAGACUUCUUCGCCGCUGGUGACCCAGGUGCCGCUACUGGUACUGCCCAGGGUGUAGUUAUGCAGAGCCCUCAGCAAUGCGCCGCGUACUGCGCCGCCAGCAUGGGAUGCUCGUUCUGGACGAUGGAUAGAGAAUCUGGCUUAUGCUAUUUGAAAACGCCUGCAGCACUAUCUAGCUACAGACGCGACGCCACAACGAAAAACUUCGUAUCUGGAUCGGUGACUGCCGGAUCCGACUGCCUUCUAUGACCUCGGGCAGCCUUGGAAAUUUUUUUCAGAAGUAAUUAACAUUUCUUUUUUCAGCGGAACGUUAGUAUGCAGAGGGGGCAUGAUGCGGUUCGCGCACGUUAGGGCGGGAGAUGUGCUGCACCAGUGUUUCGUCACAACACCAACCGGUGAGAGGCGUAGACACGCGAUGAACUGACGACCAUCUCCAAGAAACGGCGCUCUCGCUGUGACGGAAGAAGAACGUCGGAUGCCCGUUAGAUGGCGCUAGUGAGUGGGAUGGCCUUCAUACAGGACCGCAUACUGUAGCGGUGCCUUUAUGGUGGCCCCGCAUUAGACGCUACUGUGUGCCGUCCUGUUGUAAAAAAUAAAUAUUUGGUUCUGACAUGGAAAAGACGCCUCCGCAACUUCUGCAGAGAACACGAUCACUUUCGUGU